CGGAGCUCCCGAAAUGACCGCGGAAGGACAGGCCGCCAGCCUGGCCCCCAAGGCACUUGGCCCGCCAGUCUGGAGCUUGCAGGCACACUGCCUGCCACACCCCUCCCCUCCCGACCUUUUCCUCCUCCACCCAGAACGUUUCGGCACGUCCAGGCCGGAGGUACAAGGCGCCCAUUCAUCUACUCCUCAUAAACUAGGGCUGCAGCCGUCCGCUGUGGUCCCGGUGGCCUCAACCGCCCCGCGCCCUCCCAGCCCGGCCUCGGCGUCCCGCCAGCUUCCCCCAGCGCCCUCCGCUCACCCGCCGUGCGGCUCGGCCAGCUGCCCGCACUGGAGCCCCGGGCUCCGCGACGCCGGGAGACCCAGGCUGCCGAGCCCGUCGGCUCCGCCGCGUCCGCUGACCCGCAGCACCGCCGGCUCCCGCCGGCUCUGUGGCCCGGACCGCUUCGGUGAGGCCCAGGCGUUUCCGGGUUCCCGCGGUCCGGUCCGCCAAAGGAUCCGGCUUCCGCCUCGGCCCCGGCAAACGCCGUUCCCUGUUCGGCUCCGGGGGCCCCAGCUUCGCGCUUGCGGGACGCGUCCCUGAGGCGACCCCAACCGCGGCUGCUCCUCGCGCAGCUCCCGUGACAGUCUCACGGUCGCCGGAGAGUUUGAUAGGAAGGUGUCUCUCUCCCCACAGUCCUGCGGCAGAAAGUGGCGGGAUGAUCUGUCACUUAAGGAAGGGGACAAAGUCCUUUGGAUCAAAGAACUCUGAUGAGAACCGGGAGGCGGAUCUUGGCUCCUGAAAAUGACCACCACAACACAAGCUCGGAAAGAUCUGGAACAAGGUUUGCCUUCUCAGGGAAAGCUUCAAGUUUUGCACACAAGAAUUUGUAAAGCAACAGCAAGGGCUAAUUUGACAGCACUGGUAAGUCCUAACCAUUACAUACCCUCGUCCUUCAUGUUUCGGUCGAUCUGUGGACCGGCGUUCCUCUCUCGGAACUGGAUGCCCUGCAUGUGCCUCUGCAUAGCUUCCUGGAUGACUUCAAACAAAGGCUGGUC